ACAUAACAUGGCCGCUUUGGAGUGGAAUAAUUAGUGUAGCGUGGUGGGAUCGAAUAGUGGUGUCAGAGGUUGUUGCUUGGUGGUAGCGUGUGCAAUAAUAAUAAUAGUAAUAAUAAUAACAGUGUUUUACAUUCUUGAUAAAGUCCUUUGGCAUUUCGAUCAUUCGGGUCAUUUGGGAUUCGUGUUAUAAGUGGUUUUUGUAUCUUUUUGGUUGGCAGUAACCAGUAAACGAGUGUCGGAGAAUUGUGCCCUUGUGCUCUGAGCAUUUGGUUUGAUAAUUUUAUGUUUGAUAAAACCACGAUAAUGAAACCGCAUGAUGGAAUGCUUUUAAUUAUUGUGAAGUGUUAAAGUUACGAUGAUGAAUACAAAUAUAUAAAUCCCCAUGUAUGCAUAGAAAAAGUGAUAUCUACCUGCCGCUGUAACAUGUCAAACAGUGUUGUUAAGGUAACGGAUGCCACAGAAGAUGACAGUUUGUUGCUUCUUGUUGGAGAGGAUGGAACAGUAACUCCAAGUAAGGAUAUUGUGGAAGCAUACCUGAAUUCAAAAUCUGGCGCCACUAAUCUCCAUAUAAUGCAUAUUAAUAAAUCUGACGAUCAAAGUAUUGAAGUAGCUGUAAAUGACAUGUUGUAUUUACCAGACACUGAAACUGAUGAAAGUGCUGAGCAACCAAAUUUCGAUGAAAUUGCAUACAAUUUGUAUAACAUAAAAUUGGACCAUGAUUAUGUAUGCCAGUCUGAACCUACAGAGGAGGUGGAUGAACUAGCAAAAACACUUAGCAUACUAGAUGGAGAUGUAGAAAGUCCAGGACGUCACAUUUCAACAUUUUGUGAAAAUGAAAGUCGUGAAAAAAACAUUACAGGAAAAGCAGAUAUAUUAGAAGAAAAUAGUUCUAUAUCAAGUGUUAAAAUUACCAGCACGCCAGUAAAACCUAAUUUUAAAACUCAUCACAAAAGAUUGAAGUCAAAGGAAAUACCAGACAAAGAUGAUAAUAGCAGCAAAAUUGACGAUGAUUUGGAAAAUAAUAGUUACAUGGAAGACGACGGAGAAGAAAAUAAAACAAAGAGUGCUAAGAAGAAUUUUAAACUCGAAUUAAAAAAUAAAGGUGUUAAACAAAUAAUAGAUUUGCCUAAAGAGAAAUCACCAUCAGCUACACAUGAUUCAAAAUUGGCAGAAAAGAAACCCGUAAAAAAAGAACGGAAAUUAUCAAAAACUGUUCCUGAUGAUUUUGCUUUAUUUUCGACACCUGAUAUCAUAAGAAGGGUAGGCGGGAAAGACUCUACAUCUCCAGGUUGUCCUGCAACUGCACCUGUGGUCGAUUCAUGCACUUUUGAGAAUAAACCUGCAAAAAUUGAAAUAAGGUCUAAAUCAGUUUCAGAGUCUACAUCUUUUCCAAAAAAACAAGAUAGAUUAAGUUUAGAUGGAAAACUGGUGGACAAACAAUUUGCUAAAGUAGAGAUUAAAAAUAAGGACAAGAAGAUUCAUGGCGAUUUGAAAAUAAAACGUGAACAUUUUCCAAAAAAAAGUGCAGAGCCAUCAAAAUCAUAUGCAGAAAUUAGUAGUAGUACAGAAAACGUAUUGGAAGAUACAAGUAUUACACCAGGAAGUGAUGAAAAAUACGCAAGUAACUUACCUGUUGACAGUUCUGAUUUAGGCAACACUGAAUCUGGUAUAACUUUGGAUGGGAAUAGUCUAGAUUUAGAUCCAGCUUUAUUAGAAAACAUCAAUAAUGACUUGAUAUCAGAAGAUAUUCUCUAUCAAGUUGCCCAGUCGCUUGUAUCCAAUACCGAAUUGCAAAAUGCCAUAGACAAAAGUCUAAAUGAAGAAAGUUUAGUUCUUCAGUCACCAGGACAAGACAUUUUGGACACCAAAGACGCCACUACUGAACGAAAUGUAACAGAACAGGUAAAAUCUUGUGGAUUACUACAAAAAGGAACCCAGAUUGUACGACCAGAUGGCCGCAUUGUAGUCAUACCGCCCAUUGAACGUCCAACUACUCGAAGUCGUAACAAGAAAAGCAGUGAAGAAAUAGUCACGGCAAAGUUCAACCGCAAACCUUUAGAUGAAGAACAUGUAUCGGGAAACGAACUGGAUAGUUCUGGGGAGGAUGAAGAAGAAUCAGAAGAUGAUCCCAAUAAAUUGUGGUGUAUAUGUAACCAGCCGCAUAAUAAUAGAUUUAUGAUAUGUUGCGAUACGUGCGAAGAAUGGUACCACGGAAAAUGUGUAAAUAUUACAAAAGCAAUGGGCCAGCAAAUGGAAUCAGAAGGAAGAGAAUGGAUUUGUUUGUUUUGUAAAGAUCCCAUGUUAAGAAGACCUCAAGCUGCUGCAAAAAGAAUUAGGAAAGCCUCUCGUAAUUCAAGACAAUCUUCCGAUAGCAAUAGCAGUUUGAAGUUAGUUGAAGUUAAACCAAAUACAGUGCCGUGUGUCGUUUGUCAGAAACCUUCCAGGAAUAAUUCCAUUUUUUGUAGUGAAGCUUGCAUUUUGACUCACGCACAAGGUGUUGAGAGAGUAGUUGUAUUUGAACGAUCAUCAGGUAACAUGUUAACUGGAAAUAAGGCUCCUAGCGCUGCUAAUCUUGAGCAGUGGCUAAAAGACCACCCUGGAUAUGAAGUCGUAAGGUCUGCGGGAAAAAUUGUUACUACCAAGACGCAGCUAACAAGUCAGUCAAAGUUGAAACUAAUUAAAAAUUUGAAUAAUGAAACACGAUCCCCGGUAUUUAAAAAUAAAAAUUUUAAUGGAGGAGUAGUAACAAAGAGUAUUCCAAAAAGUCAGCCACAUUUGACGAAACCUGCAAAUAAGGCUAAUAUAUCUGGACUAAAAAUUAUUAAGCAAAUAUCCCCUUCUCAUCAAAAGGACAAAGUGUAUAGUUCUAGCAAAGAAUCAAUAAUUUCAUCGCCAACUAAAAUUAAAACUAUACAGUCGCCUAUAAAAGUAAGUUCUUCACCUGUUAAUAGAGAAAAGUCAGCACCAACAAAGAUACAAAAAGUUCGACAUGCUGAUCAGCCGUCAUCAAGUACACCCCAACCUAAACAAGAAAAUAUAAGAGAAAAUGUUCAAAAAACUAUAUUUGAACAAUUAACUAAUAGAUUAAAAAUGGUCGAUGAUUUAAAAGUAUCAGAGGAAGAUUUAAAAGAUAUUUCAACUGAAAUAGAGUCUCAGUUAUAUAAAUGUUUCGGCGAUACUGGACAAAAAUAUAGAAAUAAAUACAGAAGCUUAAUUUUCAACAUAAAAGAUAUCAAAAAUCAAACCUUGUGGAGACGAAUUUGUGAAAAAUCUAUUAAUCCGUACCAGCUGGUAAGAUUGUCUCCAGAUGAUUUAGCUAGUCAAGAGCUGGCGCUAUGGCGAGAACGAGAAGCAAAACAUCAGUUAGACAUGAUAAAAAAAUCAGAACUAGAAUUGUUGAAAUGUAGUCGUCAGUAUGUUUUAAAAACUCACAAAGGGGAACAAAUUUUAGAAGAUAAUCGUCCUACAGAUCAUAUUGACAACACAGAAGUAAUUACUAGUUUAACAGAUGUUGAAAAAUCCGAACGUAAAAUAGACAGUUCAAAAGAAAAUGAUAGAAAAAACCACAAGCACGGUCAUAAAGAAAAGGAAAAAGAUCGCAAAUCCAACAAAGAAAGAAGUGACAGUAAAAGCCACCAUAGCUACAGAUCAUCAAGUAGAGAUGAUCGCAGUAGAAAAAGAUCUCGCAGUAGGGAUAAAAAUUCAAAACACACUGACAGAAGAAGACCUAGAAGUCGUGGAAGAGACAGACACAGGAAAUCAUCACAUAAAAGUUCCAGACACAAAAAAGGGUCACAUCGAGGGUCUUCAACAGAAAAACUUGAUAAAAAGAGUAAAGAAAUUCUUGAACAAUUGGUUGACAACAAAAUUGUACCUCCGUUGGAAGACAGAUUAUGGAAACAUGUUCCACAAGAUGACAUUUUAUCAGCUCCGAUCAUAGAAAGUGAUAGUGAUCAUGAACCAACGUCGACUGUAAUAAUUCCGACUCCACCACGAAAUAGUGAAUCUGACGAUUUUUUAACAAAUCAACCCAUUGGUGAAAAUAAAAAUGAAAAGCUUUUUGGUAAGGAAAGAGUCGAAGAAGAUGGGUUAACUACUUCUCCGCAAACGAAAUCGGAUGAAAUUUGGAGAGGUGUUAUUAAUAUGAUAGAUGUUGCACAAAUAUCAAUCACGGCUCAUGAAGUAUCAGGGGAUUGUAAUGGUUUAUCAUCAGAACUACCUGCAAAUUUAGAUAUUGUGGGUAGAAUAUCUCCUGAUACAGUUUGGGAUUACAUUGGCAAAAUGAAAUGUUCUAACAGCAAGAUUAUUUCCAUUGUCAGACUAAAUGCCAUCAAUGUAGAAGAGAAAAUGCCAUAUUUAGCUCUCUACAGUUACCUGUCCAGCAGGAAUCGACUAGGGGUCGUAAAAAGUACAAAUAAGGCUGUAAAGGAUUUUUACAUAUUACCUUUAGCCUCACAGAAGCCCAUUCCGCAGGCUUUGUUGCCUCUUAAUGGUCCAGGUUUUGAAGAAGCUCGACCAGCACUGCUUUUGGGAAUUAUAGUAAGAGAUAAACGAAAACGACCUUAUGUUGAUACAAUACCACCUAUUGUUACUAGUUCUAAGAAAACAAAAAUAGACUUGGUAAUCCCUCCGCCGAGGUCUUACACUCCACCACCGUUAAAAGAAUCGAGAGUAAAACUGCCCCUUCCUGCAUCAGAUAUUGAUCAAGACGGUGAUGAACCGUACAGUCCAGAGGAUUCGGAUCCUGAUAGUAUUAUACCAUCAACAACAGAAAAUAUUCCCAAUAAAACUUCAAACUUCUUGGAGUCGGAUGUUGGUACAUCACAAACUUUUCAACCAUUUGCUAAUAAAUUUGACGAUAUACCAGGACUAGAGAAUGCAGCACUACCUUCAAGCACACAAGAAAUUCAGCGGCAAAUGGAAAAACUUAAUAAAGAAAUUGAAAUGCAAAAAUCAGAAAUAAAUAGCAUAUCACAAAAUAUUGCAACUGCAUCUACGGAAAUUGGGACGACUGCCCUAGCUAAUAUAGCUUUACCAAGUAACUUGCAACAAAUUUUAGACAGUAUUAAGACCAUUGGUGCCACAGGUACUAUGGAAGUACUUGAUACAAAGUCACAAAAUUCUGGUUUAUCGCAGGAGAAUUCAGAUUUCACCAUUCCAUUGAUGUUACCUACGACAUUUUCUCGCCAGUCCGUUAGUACCAAUGUGGAAGAUUUUCCAGAAACUACUAUACCGUUAAAUUUACCAUCUAAAAAGAAAGUUACGUCAGAAACUGAUAAAUCGGGCAGCGUUUUGAGUUCUUUGUCGGAAGAGGACUUAAUAAGAAAAGCCGAGGAAAUGCUAGAGGACUCAAAAAAAAAUUCCAGAGGAGAUGCUCGUUCAAUUCCUAAACCUACACAUUCAUUAACUAGUGUAAGCAAUUCAAUUACACCACGAAAACUGCCCAAGGUGGAGUUAAGUCAACCACCGAUUCCAGGAUUAGAAGAUACAGAAAUUUAAAUAUUGCGAAACACUAAAAUAUAUAUAUAAAUGGUGUAAGGAUUUCAUUGUUACUUCAUUUAAAUAUCUACACAGUGAAAGAAUGUUUACAUCAUGUUUAUGUAGUAGUCACGUAGAUCUAUUAAGUUGUAAAAACAUUUUUUUAGCCGAAAUUUAUCUUUUUUGUAAAUACUUUUUUAUUUUUAAGUUGUGUACAGAACAACACUAUUUUUCCCAUUUCAUUGUAUGCAGUUGUUUCAUUUGUCUUUAAUAUGUUGUUCUGUUAAUUCUAGAUGAUUAGUGUGUGAAAACGCGAAAGAAAACGUUGUAGAAUAUGUAUUUUAUAUUUUUUGUUGCAAUUUAUAUAAAGAAAAGUUUGUGUUUUUAUGCAUUGGCAACAUACCUACAGUUUCUUAUUAUUGAUUGUAGUCAUGUAAGUAAAAUAGUAUUAGAAAUAGAAUAUCAUUUAUUA